GAAGGACUCGCUUGUCCUCCACAGGGCUGAAAUAGAUUAGCUAGCCUCCCGGCGCGGUGCAUCGUGGGGCGCGUGCCCUGAAGAGUUCUGUGGAAAGUGCAAGGAGGGAAAAGUCCUUCUCGAGGCUUUUUUGGGAAAGGCGGCGAGGAUGGAGGCUCCCUUCUGGCUGCUCCUGCUGCUGCCGCCGGCCUCUUGUGGCUUCGCCACCGCCUUCGACAGCGACUUCACGUUCACGCUUCCCGCCGGCCGGAAAGAGUGCUUCUUCCAGCCCAUGCAGAAAGAGGCCUCGCUGGAGAUCGAGUACCAGGUUCUAGAUGGAGCAGGUUUAGAUGUAGAUUUUCACCUUGUAUCACCAACUCAUGAAACCCUCGUUUUUGAACAGAGAAAAUCAGAUGGAGUUCACACAGUGGAAACAGAAGCUGGUGAUUACAUGUUCUGCUUUGACAACACAUUCAGCACCUUGUCAGAGAAGGUGAUUUUCUUUGAAUUGAUCUUAGAUAACAUGGGAGAUGAAGAGCAAGAAGAUUGGAAGCAGUAUAUCACUGGCACUGAUCUUCUCGAUAUGAAGUUGGAAGAUAUCCAGGAAUCUGUCAAUAGUGUGAAGUCCAGGCUAAGCAAAAGCAUCCACAUUCAGACCCUGCUCAAAGCAUUUGAAGCUCGUGAUAGAAACAUACAAGAGAGCAAUUUCGACAGGGUAAACUUUUGGUCCAUGGUUAACCUGGCAGUAAUGGUUGUAGUGUCAGCUGUUCAGGUGUACAUGCUGAAGAACCUUUUUGAAGAUAAAAGGAAAAUUAGAACGUAACGCCAGGGUAACAAACAAGGAGAAAUGCAAUAAACUGCUGCAGAGAAGAAGAUGGAUGGCACUUCCUAGCUUCUUUGAAUGGACAAAUGUGAGCAAAGUGCCUUUCUUUGCUCCAAAAAUUAGUUUUUAGCCAUUAAAUGUAACUGAAUACUUUUCUGAAUAACCUUGACCUUCUUACUUUGGAGAAAUUACUUGAGCAAGUUUAGAUUUUUACUAUUUGCUAUAUUUGUAUAUACAUGCUCUCUUAACUACUGUCAGCCUAAAUAUAAGAUUUUUUUUUUAAAAAAGCAGAACAUUGCAGUUAUGAACUGACGGUGUAUUCAGCAUUUCUGAUUUGAAUAGCUCACUUAAAAUAUUUUAUGUGGGUAUGGUAUGCUGUUAUAAAGUCCACCUGUUUUGAGUGGCUAUAAGUGAAGACUUGUGAUUGGUAGCAAUUAACAGAAAUAUUCAGCAAGUCAACACUGACAUUGUAUUGCCUUUAAACAGUGUGGCUUAAGUCAAAUUGCUAGUCAUAAUAAUUACGGUAGACUUUUUGAAGCAGUGGGAUUUACAUAUAUGGCAUUAUGCAAUAAAGUAGCUUUCCCGUGCUAGGGAUUAACAUAUUGAAGAGGCACCGGUUUUACUUAUCUACUGAAGACAAAAUAUUGCAUAUGGUUUAUGUAACCUUUUGAUGAUGCAAGCACUUGGGCAUACUAGCAAUCUAAUGGUGAGAACAACUGUUUUUAGACUCUCAUUACUAUCAGUUUCAUUUGUUAGCUUUUGAGACUUCUGCAAUCCUAUAUUUAUUCUGCCAUACAAAUGAGUAAAACAUGGAUGGCCUAUAUGGAGGCCUAUCUCUGUGUCUUAAAACCAAAGUUUAACUAUUACAGUGUUCUCCGGUGAUUACAUCACAUGUAUACUCCAGAGCAGGAGUCCUCAGACUUUUUAAGCACAGGGCUGGUCCACAAUCCUUCAGACUGUUGAGGGGCCGAAUUAUCAUUUGAAAAAAAAAUGAACAAAUUCCUAUGCACACUGUACAUGUCUUAUUUGUAGUGCAAACCUCCCUCCCAACAGUGAAAGAACAAUACAAUAUUUAAAAAUAAGAACAAUUUUAACCAACAUAAACCUAUCAGGAUUUCAAUGGGAAAUGUGGGCCUGCUUCUGGCCAAUGAGAUAGUCAAGUUACUUAGUAUUGUUGUUGUGUGCCUUCAAGUCAUUUCAGACUUUGGGUGAGCCUAAGUCUAAAACUGAGGGCGGGGGCCAGGUAAAUGACCUUGGAGGGCCACAUCUGACCCAUGGGCCUUAGUUUGGGGACCCUGCUCCAGAGACUAAACUGUUCAGAGAAAGAUAAAAGCCAAAAAAAAAAACAAAAACAAAAAACUACAAAUUCAAGGCUUGUGAAAAGUUAAGUAGUAUCUGGUCUCAUUUCGAAUACAGUGGGGCUUCUGUAUAUCGCUAGGGUUAGGUUCCAGUUAAUUCAAAAAUCUGUUGAUAUUCAAGUUGCUUUAUAUACAAUGACAUAGUAAAAUUGUGUCCCUUAUAAUUUCUUUGUAAAAGAAUGAUUAUGUUUGACCUUGGGAACAAGUCACUUUCAGAUUAACUGAAAAUCCCACUUUUUAAAAGUUUGCAGUAUUUGUUUCUUGCUACUUUCCUUAUAAGGUAAUUAUUCUACUUCUUGCUUGUAAAUCAUGACAACUAUCCAUGAAGUCUGCCUUAGAUAUCAUACAGAAAAAGUAACAAGGUGUUUCAAAGAAUACUCAAAAACAAGUCUUAAUUGAAUGGCAGCUUACUCUCCAGGAAGGGUGGUAGUGGCAGUAUGCCCUUUCUAACUUCAAAUAAACUAUUGCUCCCCAAAAUGUUUGCUUGGGGAAGAAAUAGGGUAGUACAGACACACUAUACUUAUUUCAGUGCUGUGAGUAAAUUCCAUGGCUCCAAACCACUCAAGCUGUACAUGUCUUAAAAUUGAUAGCAUGCCAAAGUAAAAUGGACUACUAACCCCACCCCUAAUACCCACAAGGUCUUCAUAUUUAAAAAUCAAUGUAUUGAACUCUUUGCUUCAGAGCCAUUUUUUCCUGUAACAAGUUUUCCCGUAACAAGUCCCUUCUGGUAUUAGUCUCCCCCCCCAAAAAAAACAAAAAAACAAAACAAAAAAAACCCCACAAGAAUCGUCUAACCUAAAAUAUCUGUGGAGCAGCAUAAAACUUGGAAAAAUUGUUCCCCAACAGCCCCUAGAAGCUGAAAGUGGUCUUUUUCAGUGAAAAAACAAUGUAGGAAUAUGAGGGCUUACAUUUACUUGCUCCAUCUUAAAGCUAGUUCAAGACCUUUUAGAUCCUAGAUCUGUACCACUUUCUUGCCUGAUAAAAAUAAUUUAAAGCCCCUAACCAUUAAAACUUUUAACUAGAGAUGCUGAAACUUGCAGCCCUUCAUACUGGCAAGUUGAACUGUCUAUAGUAUUGCAGGGAAAACCUUAUUUAGUUUGAGCUAAAUUUCAUUUCUAAUGAACCAAGCAAAAAUAAACUGUUUUUUUAAAAAGAGACAAUAGGCAUGAACUAAUUUAAUAUUAUACACUUCAGGCUUUCAUAAAAUAGUGUAUCAUGGCUAGAUGGAAGUGCUGGCUUCCUGUUUCACAUAAACACUAUAUCCAAAGAUAUAAUUUGCUAACAUGCCAGUAUACUAUAAUUCGAAUAAUAGCAAACUUACUAUUUCAUUUAAGUUACAUUGGUAGGCCCUUCUGCAUAGAAGUGUUCACAUCAGAUGGCAGAACAAGGGUUAGUUAAAUGACCACUGCAAGCCCAAAAGUCAGUUUUGAGAGUGCAGCUGUAGGAAUCUCAAUCAAGAUCCCCAAAAACUAUAUGCAGCCACCUACUCAAUAUAAUAACAAUCUUAAAGUGCACUGAUAGUCUAAUUUAAGUGGUCAAAUGCACACAUUCUACCAUCCACUGAAAAUAGGCACAAGUGAAUAAAAGGAUGGCUUUCUCUUAUAAAGGAGAACAAACAGCUGAAAUGAACAAGUCACUCCAAAAUAGACACCAAAAUUUAGAAUGUGAAUGCUAGUUCUAUAGCGCUGUUUGUUAAUAAAUAUUCAUACUAGAAAACUGUGACUAAUCCUUCUACCUCAGAUGUUUAUGCUACUGUUUAUUGGUCUGUCCUUCUUGUUGACUUCCAACAAGAACCUUUAUAGAGGUAGUGGGUUUGUCAAAUAUUUCCUGAUUUUGGCACUCAUGGGUACAUUGUAUAAUUGGAACAGAUGACAAUAAAGCUUUUACAACUUUAUAAGUGAAAAUGCAAGAAAUUCUUUGUUAUUUGAACAAAAUAGUAAAUGGCUAAACAUGAAGCUGUGAAAUGAGAAAAUAAAAUAAAGAAAACUUAA